AUGAUAACUGAUGAUAAUAAUGAUAAUAAUAACAAUGAUGAUAAUAAUGAUAAUGAUAACAAUAAUAAUAAUAAUAUUAAUGAUAAUAAUGAUGAUAAUAAUCCAAUCAAUUUACAGACUGAAAACACAAAUGGAAUGCAGCAACCAACGACCGUGGUGACGCUGUCUAAACUAAUUACACCACAGGCAAUGCAGCAAUGCUUGCAGUUCAUUUAUACAGGCAGCUUGGAUAAACGGUAUCAAGAUCUACAAGUACGUUGCGUCGGUAGAAUUAUCUAUGCGGGCAGAUACAAGGAUCAUUAAACAAAAUAGAGGAUCUCAUCGAUCAUGGGUGCAUGAGACAUAUUGCCAACCUUGUUUCAGCUGAUAACCCUAGAUAUGGAAUUCCCAAAAAUUUUCAUUUCACAUUCACUUUCCAUUACGUGCGAAUGUCAAUUAAUUUCAGCUUCUUUCACGUACAGGAGAUUAGACAAGCGGCAGAAUUCUUGGAGCUUCCACAAUUGCUGAUGGUGCUUGGAACUUUACAGACAAGAGACCAGUUCAAUAACGAUCUUAACAAUCGGUAUAAACAAGUGGUGAGGCAACGUCUGGAAGACAUUUGUCUAGAACAAGGACUUUUCGCUGACGUGAUAUUCGAACUAGACGAUGGAAGCGUACCAGCUCACAAAGCGAUUCUCACUGCCCGAUGUGAUGUGAUGAAGGCCAUGUUCUCCGGAGAUUUCCGUGAAAGUAGCGCAAAAGUGUUGCAUAACGCCGACCAGCUAGCUGACUGGUGUAUGAACCACUUGUGCGUCAAUUACAACAAGUUGUGCAAGAUGUCUCCGCGAAGCGUACGCCUCUUGCAUCCGGAGAACCAGGAAUACCUGAACGAGCAUCGAUGGCCUCCGGUGUGGUGGAAAUGCUUGGCAGAACGUGACCGCGAAAACAAGCCGACAUUGAAGAGAAAUCGCAAUCAGUCCGGUUGUUUAUGCUUCUCCGGUACGAGCAAAACCAGAAGAGAGAGCUCCAGCGGUGGUGGAGGCACAGCGUCGUCGGCGAACAACGAUCCGCAAGCUGAACGACCCCUGUUCGACUCGAUAGAGUCAGGUGAACAGGUUGUAUGA